UUGUGUUGUAUUGGUUUUUAAAUAAACAGCUUCGCACGGCGAGGAGUGUUACUCGAAAUCGCUGUGCGGAGUAUGGAUUUUGAAGUAGCGUAAACAUACAAAUGAUGCGUAACUUAUACUUACUAAGUGAAAAUCGCUAACAUAAUGAAUCUCUGUAAAUUUGUAGGUAUAGUGGGAGAAAAAUGUUAACUCCUGCACCUACUAGUAUGGCUGCCCAUCACAGGCAAGCUAGUAGUCACGGAAUGAGAAAAAAAGUUCAGGUUUCUUUUGUUAUUCGUGAUGAAGUUGAAAAAUACCACAGGUCUGGUGUUAAUUCACUGCAGUAUGAUGGCUAUCUUGGCCGGCUAUAUUCUGCUGGGCGGGAUUCAAUAAUAAGGAUAUGGAAUGUAAGAAAUCUAAAGGAUCCUUAUAUACAAUCUAUGGAACAUCAUACUGAUUGGGUGAAUGACAUUGUUUUAUGCUGUGGUGGAAAAAACUUAAUAUCUGCAUCCAGUGACACAACUGUGAAGGUUUGGAAUGCUCACAAAGGCUUUUGCAUGUCAACUUUAAGAACUCAUAAGGAUUACGUCAAAGCUCUUGCAUAUGCAAAAGAUCGAGAACAAGUUGCCUCAGCAGGGCUUGACAGAGCUAUAUUUUUAUGGGAUGUCAAUACUCUCACUGCAUUAACUGCAUCGAAUAAUACUGUUACUACUUCAUCUUUGUCUGGCAAUAAGGACAGCAUUUAUAGUCUCGCCAUGAAUCCAUCUGGAACUGUUAUUGUGUCUGGAUCUACCGAAAAAGUUCUUCGUGUUUGGGAUCCUAGGACAUGUCAGAAACUCAUGAAACUGAAAGGUCAUUCAGAUAAUGUGAAAGCACUAGUUGUAAACAGAGAUGGUACACAGGUUUUAUCUGGAAGCUCAGAUGGUACCAUUCGAUUAUGGUCACUAGGUCAGCAAAGAUGCAUUGCUACUAUAAGAGUCCAUGAAGUUGGAGUUUGGGCUUUGCAAACAAAUGAUAGUUUUACUAUGGCCUUUUCUGGAGGUCGUGAUAGAAAAAUAUUUAAAAUUGAUCUUAGGAACACAGAAAUUAAAGCAUUAAUUGGGGAAGAAACUGCACCUGUUUUGAAAAUGAUUUUAACUCCAGAUGCUUCAUCAUUAUGGGUUGCAACUACCGAUUCAAGUAUAAAAAAUUGGUCAGUCAAUAGUCGAAAUUCUCGAAUGGAAGAUUAUGAUACUGAUUUGUUGCCUCCGAUUAAUCAGGGUCCAGAUCAUGUGAUUAAAGGAAAUCCCAGCAUUAGGCAUUAUGUUGUUCUUAAUGACAAAAGGCACAUUCUAACUAAAGAUACUGACAAUAAUAUUCAAAUGUAUGAUGUUUUGAAAGCUUCAAAGGUUGAAGAUUUGGGUCAAGUUGACUUUGAAGCUGAAGUUAAAAAGAAUUUCAAGUUAAUUUAUGUACCUAAUUGGUUUUCUGUGGAUCUUAAAACAGGACUGUUAUGCAUACACAUGGAUGAACCUGAUAGCUUUGCUGCAUGGGUGUCUUCUAAAGAAUUUGGUCUUGGUGCCAAUGAUGGUCCUGACCCAAAAGUUAAUCUUGGAGGUCUUCUUCUUCAAGCUCUUCUUGAACACUGGCCUGCUACAUAUUCUGCUGAUGAAGAAUGUGACAGCAAUAUGAAUGAAAGACCUUUAGAAGAGAGGCAAGGAUCUGGAAAUCCAUAUUUUAGCGUUCCAGAACAUAUUCCUGUAAUAUUUAGCGAAGUUGGUGGUCGCACACUUUUACGACUCUUGGUAGGGGAUGCUGGUCGUGAAACUGAAGAAUUAUUGCUCCAUGAAACAGUUCCUUCUUGGGUAACAGAUGUCGUUGUUUCAAAAAAUAUGCCACGAUUCAAUAAGAUUCCAUUUUGCCUUCUUCCUGUGCAAUCAUCUGGUGCAAAACCACUUAGGAAAGAGCGUUUAUCAGCCAGUGAUAUGCUUCAAGUGCGAAAAGUUAUUGAGCAUGUUUAUGAAAAGAUCAUGGGUGCUGGUUCAGAUGCAGGUUCUCAAACAGCUAGUCAGUCUGGUGGGUCUGGAGGCCAAGAAAAAGGUGAAUCAGAGAAAGAUGAAGAGAGGACUUCAAUUGCAGAAGAAAAAGUGGAGCUUCUGUGCCAAGAUCAAGUUUUGGAUCCAAAUAUGGAUUUAAGAACUGUAAGACAUUUCAUAUGGAAAAGUUCAAAUGACUUAGUUCUUCACUAUAGAGCUAUUAAGUAGUUAUAUAUAAUUUUUUUAUUAUGGGUGUAAAUUCUGUAAAUGCCAAUUAUUAUAGAUGGUAAUUUGGCAGAAAUAUUUUUGUACGAACAGAUUUAGAACUGAUAUUAUGCUACAGUCAAAGAAAGUCAAUGGGUUUAUCUUGUAAACAAGUCAUUGAAAUGAUGGUAUUUGUAUCGGAAUGAUGUAGAAAAAAAAAAAAAAAUUCGGUCCCUUAUCAAUCUUGACUCUGUAUGCUAUUGAAGCUAUAAUACAUGUGUACAGUUAAAUUAAGGUAGUGAUAAGCUGUUUUGUUUUCUUUCAUGUGUGAUUGGAACUAUGUAAAAUUGUGUAAAUGAUUUGAAAGUUUGAGUUCAUGAAACUUAAAUAAGUUUGUUUAUACUUAUGUGCAAAUUGGUGAGACUUAUCUAAGACAUUUUACUGUAUAUAUUACAAAAUAUUGUAAAUAAAAAGCUCUGCAGGACUUAAUAUCUUCAGAA